CCGGUACUCAAUAGGCUACUCUCCCCUAAAUUUAAUCAAAUUACGUACAUAACUAAUUGCAGACACAGAAUGUUGUGCUAAAAUAUAAUUUUAAAGUUACAUUUAAGUUAAACAUUUAGUAAAUAUGGCAGUGAUAACGUCAAGCUGGUACACAGAUUUAUUAACUUUAACCACUGGCCUGUUAACAAUCUUAUAUUUCUACUUAACGUCGACGUACGAUUAUUGGAAAAAACGAAAGGUUCCAUAUGACCCACCGGUAUUAUUAUUCGGAAAUUUUUAUAAUGCAUUCACAUUUAAACGGAAUAUAUCAUCAUAUUUUUACGACUUAUAUAGAAAAACAAAUGAAAAGUAUUUUGGAUUUUAUAUAUAUCGCCGACCGUAUUUAUUGUUACGUGAUCCAGAAUUAAUAAAACAUGUGUUGGUAAAAGAUUUCAAUAAUUUUGUACCUCGAACGAAUGCUGAUACAACAAAUAAAGAAGAUGUGCUUGGACGUGAUAACAUAUUCACAAUUAAAGAUCCACAUAAUUGGCGCUAUUUACGUGCAAAAUUUUCACCUUUCUUUUCAACUGGUAAAAUGCGUAACAUGUUCACACUAUUAGAUGGAUUUGGAGAAGACUUAAAUAAAUAUGUUAAAAAUCAUGUUAAUGAAACAAUUGAAGUAAAGGACGCUUGUCGAAAAUAUACAACGGAUGUUAUUGUAUCUACAGCUUUUGGAAUACAAGCCAAUUCAUUUUCCGAUGAAGAGGCCGAAUUUUCUGCAAUUUCCAAAAAGUUAUUUACAUUUACAUUACGACGUAGUGUGGAGUUAAUAUGUUUCUUUUUUGUUCCCGAAUUAGUAACAUUAUUUAAUUUUAAAUUGUUUAGUAGUUUUGGUACCGCAUUUUUACGAAAUGCUGUGUCACAAGCAAUUGAAGUACGUGAAAAAAAUAACAUUAACCGUCCCGAUUUAAUUGAUGCGUUAAUAAAAUUAAAAAAUACUGGAACAUUAGAAGAUUCACCUGAUUUAAAUGAUAAACAAGAUCAUAAUAAAGCUACAAUUAAAUUUGAAGGUGAUAUUUUAGCAGCACAAGCAGCUGUAUUUUUCACAGCUGGUUUUGAAACAACUUCAUCAGCCAUAUCUUUCACAUUAUACUUUUUAUCAUACAACCCAGAUAUUCAAAUUAGGCUACGUAAAGAGAUACAAACAGUAAUAGCCGAAAAUAGUGGAAAAUUUACAUACGAUAGUCUCGCAGAGAUGAAAUAUUUGGAUUUAUGCAUUAAAGAAACUUUACGAUUAUAUCCAUCACUUGGAUUUCUGGAUCGCGAAGCAAUGAGUACAUAUACAUUUCCAGGCACAGAUCUCACAAUUGAUAAAGGUACUCCAGUUAUAAUUUCUCUAACCGGGUUACAUAGAGAUCCACAAUAUUUUGAAAAUCCAGAAGUGUACGAUCCAGAACGAUUCAAUGAUGAAAAUAAAUCCAAAUUUCCUCCAUUUGCAUACAUACCAUUUGGAGAAGGUCCACGUAAUUGUGUUGGAGCACGCUUUGGAAUGGUGGCAACAAAAGUGGGAUUAGUUCAUAUUUUAAAAGAUUUUGAAGUAGUCACGUUUAAAACAGCACCAACAUUGGAAAUAGAUCCUAGAGGAUUUUUAACAUCACCUAAACAUGGAAUUAAUUUAAAUUUUGUAAAAGGAACUGUUUAUGUUUAAUAAAUUAAUAUUCCCAUAAAUGCGCUUUAG